UGAAACAAAACUUCCCCGGGAUCCCAACGCUCGGCAGUCCAGACCAGUGGCUCUGACAAAAGCGAGAGAGAAGUCCCGCGGGGUGGCUGGUUAGGAGGGGUCCCCUCGGUGCCGCGGACCCCCGCCCCUGCCGCAUCCCACCGAGCAUCCUGACUGCGGCGCGGUCUGGAAGGAGUGGGCGGAAAGGGUGCGGCCACCGGAGGCACAGCGACCGGGAGAUGGUGCGGAGCCUGGCGGGCGACAGAGAUGCCACAGGCCGCCGGCCGGGCGGGGGUCCGGAGCGAUGAAUCGGGGCGGCCGGGCCAAUCCCAAAGCAGGAUUUACGGUCGCGAGAGAAAGGGACCAAUCGAAUCCGAGGAACUGCGGAAGCGUAACCAAUGAGCUGCGAGCACAGGACCGGGGCGGGCCGAGCGGAGUUUCAAAUCGGCUGCGGUGGGCGAGGGGCGGGUGCGGAGGUCCUGGCUAGUGGGCAGCGAGGAUCUGGUGGAGAAGACUGGGCCAGGCACAUGGCGUCUCAGUGGCAGGGCUUGAGGGCCUCCGUGCGCAGGCGAUCACUCCUGAAGGAGGAGCAGCUGGAGGAGGUGACCCGGUCUGCUGUGAGCCAUCCAGAGACCGGCCCCCUGGGAUCCCUGUGCAGACAGUUCCAAAGGAGGCUGCCACUGAGAGCUGUCAGCCUCAACCUCGGGGCUGGCCCCUCCUGGAAACGCCUGGAAACUCCAGAGCCAGAACAGCAGGGCCUCCAGGCUGCAGCUCGCUCAGCCAAAAGCGCCUUGGGUGCUGUGUCCCAGAGGAUCCAGGAGUCCUGCCAAAGUGGCACCAAGUGGCUGAUGGAAACACAGGUGAAAGCGAGGAGGAAGAGAGGAGCACAGAAGGACAGAGGUUCCCCACCACCCAACCUGAGCCAGAAGAGCACCCGGCUGUGCAGGGCCAACUGGGACCCCAGGGAAGGGGGACAUCCUCGCCUUCCUAGCCAGCUGGGUCCACGUGCUCACCGACGUCAGCGACUGAGAAGAGAGGCUGCCUUUCUGAGCCCCUGCUCUUCCACAGAGCCCCUCUGCUCUCCCAGUGAGUCCGACAGUGACCUAGAGCCUGUGGGGGCAGGAAUCCAGCAUCUUCAGAAGCUAUCUCAACAGCUGGAUGAGGCCAUCGUAGCUGAAGAGAGGCAUGUUGCACUGAAUGGAUGGGGAAACCCACAGGGUGGGUGGGCACAGCAGCUAACCAAAGCUGCUAACCUCACUGAUCCUGUCACUCCCUGAGCACACUGUGAUUCCCAAGGACUGAAAGCUACCUUCCAAACCCCCCACUUUGAGGGGCAAUCCGCGAUGUCCCACAUCUGCUGCCUUGAGAAGACAGAGGAACAAAAAGGAAGCUCUGUCUUACAGGAAGAAAGCCCUCUCUAGCCACCACGCCACCAGGAUGUCUGUGCCACCCAACCCAUGAACUUCUGGGAGAAGACACUGGAGUCACCAGCACCCCUGAGCUGCUGCUAACAAGAAACUUGACUGGCAUGGGGUCCAGAGUGCUUUGACUUCAGCCACCUCUGGGCCUAUCAGUGACCACUGACCACAGCUCAGGAGUGACUUGGGGAGACUUUUGGCGAGGCGAGAGGAAUGCCCAUGCCCCCAGGCCUUGGACUUAGGCCCUCAUGACCCACUCUAUCCUCAUAUUGCCCAUCCGUAUCAAAGUACCAGAAGAUGCUGGAGAGUUCUAAGCCUUGUAACUAAGAACAGGGCCCUACAGAAGUCAUCCGUGGAACCCCUCCCCUGUGUUCCCAAUGCAGAGAUUCUUAGGGACCCAUUUUGAUCUCUGGUUCCCACUACCAGGGCCCCAGAGGAAGAAAGAGAUGUUUACAGGCUGUACAGGCUGGGGCUCGUGGAGCCUAUUUAUAAGCUAAGUGUGGGGCACUGUGGGCGUGCGGGGAGGGCAACGUUGUUCAGGAGCAGUUUCUACCCUUUGUAAAUUAUUUAAGAAAUCUGCUUUGUCAUUUUAUUAGAAAGAAACCGGUGUGUCCGUUUCCUAGAUCACGUUGCUUUUUCAUAAUUAAAAACUUGCUUU